AUGCUACUUACGGAAUUGGGACAUCCGUACAAGCCACUACCUGUGCAUGUUAUAGUUACGCUAUAUGAGGAUUGGUGCUCCUUCAUAAGCUUUCUAUUGGCAGGAUGA